GUGUUCUUUAUUUUCAGGGAGUUAGUGGGGUAGUGGACACUUAACUGCAUUUUUUGGUGCCUAUAUAAUACAAGUUCAGGUAGUGUAAUCUUCUGAAUUUUUUUCGCUCUUCCUGUAUUCAUACAGCAACACAUCUGCAGCAAUGGAUAUCUCGGAUGACUUCGUGGACAUUUAGAAGACGAUCAGCCUGCAAAGAAACUGGGUUUUGAUGCAAUGACACCGAAGAAGAAUCAAAUAUGCAGCCCAAUGAAAGAUUCUCCGAAGACGGACAGUGGAAGUGUAGAGAUCAUUUCAUAUGGACAGUAUUUUAGUCCAUUCAAAUCUGAAAUGCAUAGGGAGGUUAUUGAACAGUUUCAGAACAUAGAAAAACAAGCUAAAAGAAAGCAUGCGCUCCUAACUUGGAAAUGGGAUGAGGUCAUUGAUAUUACCCAAAGUGAAGAUUCGAAUGGUCAGAAAGAUGAUUCUAAGGCAAAACAACAAGAUGAUUUGGAGUCUGAGUUAAGUGAUACAGCAGACUCUUUGGAUAGUCCAUUGAAAAAAUCAAAGAUUCCACGUAUAACUAAAAAUUGCAACGAUCAUGUUGGAUGGGUUGAAUUUUAAGUUUACUCAGUUUAA